ACACCAUGAAAAAAAGUCUUAUAUAGUGGUAUAAAACUGUAGGAAUUUUUGUAAAUCUCACCAGUCUGCGCUAAAUAAUCUGCGAUGAAGCAUUACGUGUUGCUAUUCCUCGUGACUGUUUACGGAUGCUGCGCACAAUCCAAUCCGGAGAGUCCAGCUGUUGAUCUUCUGCCUCCGUUUGAAGAGAAACCAGUGGAAAUUUCCCCGCCAUCGAUAGAAGUGUUUGAACUUCUUCCACCCUUUGAGAAUCACCAACCAAGUUUGGAACGCUCAACGAGUGAACCUGCGACAUUUCAGUGCUUCUCCUCGGUUUGCAUGCCAAAACAACCCAAAACCACUCCGAAAGUCGUUUCGUCAUCCUCAGUUGAGCCCAAUGAAGAAAAGCCAACCACACAGAAAGUCCCGAGUUCUAGAGUUACAGAGAAAUCCAUCGUGUUGACAACUCAGAAGCCGAUUGAGCAGCGACCAAAGACCGUCCCAGAGACCAAGCGCCCUUUCGAGACCAUCUCGCCGAAGAACUACAAGAACAGCGGCGCCCUUCCCGAUGGAACCUACAAGUUCAGCUACAACCUGGAGAACGGCGUGCAAGUGCAGGAGCAGGGAAGCGUGCGACCAGGAGAGAACUCUGAAUUCGCCGGGACGAGCGCCAACGGCGGAUAUUCCUACACAGCUCCUGAUGGACAAGUGAUCUCUGUUCAGUACGUGGCCGAUGAGUUCGGAUUCCGUCCAGUCGGCAGCCACAUCCCAGCCAUUCCUGAGCCCAUCGCGCGAGCCCUCAAGUACCUUCAGUCGCUCAAGAAGAGCGACGAGCAGCAGUAAAUAAGCCUAAUUAGUUGCACAUGCCAAAUUAUAUUAAUUUGCCGCAUUAGGAGAGAUAGAAUAAAAAUUC